GCAGCUCUUGUGUUUUCUCUCCGUUUGUCGUUUUUUCUCCAUUUUCUUUUCGAUCCGAAUUCAACGGUCUUUUCAAUCCUUCAUGCCCUAGCGAGUGUGUCGCGCCCUCAACUGUUUGACUGUCUCCGUCACAAGCCGUCUCGCCGUCACGUUCUUUCUUGCAGCCUUCUUCCACUGCGCGUCUGGGAACAGCCUCCCUUCUUCCUCUCUUCUCACCGCUUCUGCGUCUUCAUUUUCUCUUCUCACCGCUUCAGUCGUUCCUGUGGAGGGUCCUCUCCGUCAGCUUCGGCUCCAGUUUCCUCCGCCCCCCUCACCUGGCGAGCACACUGUCUUUUUCGUCUCGUCUUUCCUUUCGCUUGCUCUGACUGUUCCCCUUCGCUAUCACCUUUUCUUUGCAUCGUGGCGCGCGAUUCCUUUGCGCGGCCGCCUUUUUCGCGUCUGUCCUGCCGCCUUGUGCGUGAGCCGCGCUGCCUCGCUGUUCCUGCUGCGCCCUGCGCCUGUUAACGCCGGCUGGUGCUUGCUAUCUCCCGUCUCUCCCUCUUCUCCACCAUGUCGGCGCUCUUCAACUUCCAGUCGAUGCUGACAGUGGUCCUUCUUGCCAUCUGCACCUGCAGCUACCUUCGCCCGCGGUUUCCUUCUCUCGUCGACAACAAACGCCCCGGCUUCAAAGGCGUUCUGGGGAGACUGGCCGUCGUCGGCGACCGCCUCUCAGGCUACGUCUCCCUUGCAUGCAUUCUCUUAGCUUUUGCCACACUCUUCCUCAGUCCGCAGUGUUGA